UCCCUAAAACAAACCAUCCAUCCAUCCAUCCAUUAACUUUUACUUUCCUCUCCAUAAUCCUCCCAACAAACAAUCAAACAAACAAACAAAUUUAUUUUCCCACACAAUCAAAUCCACCAGAUCCAAUUCCUUCUUUUCUUUCUGCAAAACCAAUCGACAAAAAAAAAAAAAAAAAAAAAAAAUCGAUAUGUUCAUACACACAUAUAUCAAAUAACGUUAUACAUAUAUAUAUAUAUAUCUCCAAUGGCUCGAUGCCUGAGCUUCACGGGAUCGGCCGACUUCCUCUACCGGAGCUUCUUCUCCUACUCGGGUCUCCGGUCGGUGAAGACCGACUUCCGCGACGGCACCGUCAUGCACUGCUGGGUCCCCAAGACCCACAAAUACAUCAAGCCCAACCUCGUCCUCGUCCACGGCUUCGGCGCCAACGCCAUGUGGCAAUACGGCGACCUCCUCCGCCACCUCAUGCCGCGCUUCAACAUUUACGUCCCCGACCUCCUCUUCUUCGGCGAGUCCACCACCAAGCGCCCCGAGCGCACCGAGGCCUUCCAGGCGCAGUGCGUCAUGCGCCUCAUGGUCUCGCACGGGGUGCACCGCAUGAGCAUCGUCGGGAUCAGCUACGGCGGUUUUGUCACGUACAGCAUGGCCGCGCAGUACCCCGAGGCUGUGCAGAAGGUCGUGCUCUGCUGCACCGGGGUGUGCCUCGAGGAGAAGGACAUGCGCGACGGCCUCUUUGAGGUCGCGGAUCUCGACGAGGUUGCUAGCAUUCUCAUGCCGCAGACGCCCGAUAAGCUCCGGGAAUUGAUUCAGUUCGCCUUUGCCAGGCCUGCCGUCGUUAAAGGCCUCCCGGCUUACUUCCUCUCCGAUUACAUUCAGGUGUUCUGUAUGGAUCAUUUGAAGCAAAAGAAGGAGCUAAUUCAAGCUCUAAUCAACGACAGGCAGUGUUCUAAAAUUCCAAAGAUCGAACAGCCCACGCUAAUCAUUUGGGGAGAGAUGGACAGAAUAUUCCCGUUGCCGUUGGCGCAUAGGCUCAAAACGCACAUCGGCGACAAGGCGGAUUUGGUAGUGAUAAAGAAUGCAGGGCAUGCUGUGAACGUCGAAAAGCCAAAAGAUUUCGCCAAACAUUUGAAGUCGUUUCUUAUAGAAUCGGAAAACCUGUCUCAUCGACCAAGGACAUUGUCGCUACUUCCUUAUAUAUAUUGCAACUACACUAAUAAUGACGAUGAUGAAUAUGUCGUCGACGACGAUAAUCAGGAUUCAUCCCACAAAUUUAAAUCUGAACAAAAUGUUAGUAAUAAUGUAAAGCAAGUAAACUAGGUUUAAUUUUUCUAUGAUGUAUAAUUGUAUGUGUAUGUACGGUUAAUCUCAGCUGUCGGAUUAUGUUAUGUAACAAAUUGAUAUGUAAUAUAAGAAUUUCGGGACUGG